AUUGACGCAGAAUGGAGAGAAGCUGACGCACCGUUAUUUUACCGGACCGUUAACUUUCUUCCUCAAGCCUUCACUCAUGCAUCACGACCCGCAACUUUUUUGCCCGACCCUAAAGAUUAGUUUGGCGACAGUUUAGCAACAAUUUGACCACUGAAGAGCUCACAGAUCCCCUCUUUUUAGACCCCAUUUGGACUCUUUUACCGCGUCAUUACGCACGAUGCGCAAAGGGAUGGCUCCUCUCCGGAGACAGACAGCUGGAGUACAAAAUGUUUUUUAUGUGUAUCUCUCCAUUUCAUUGGCUUAUUCCUACAAUGUAGAUUUGGAGCACCCCUUGGUGUUCAGAGGACCUAAUUCUAGUUUUUUUGGGUAUUCGGUGGUGGAGCAUUAUCAUGACACCACACGCUGGGUGCUUGUGGGAGCUCCGAGGGCAAACUCUACCUACAGUAGCGCUGUGCGCUCUCCUGGAGCUGUGUACAAAUGUCGAAUCCACAGCAAUCCUGAACGACGCUGCACAGAGAUGGACCUGGGAAGAGGAAACAAGCUGAGAGAGUCAUGUGGGAAGACGUGCCAAGGAGACAGAGCUGAUGAGUGGAUGGGGGUCAGCCUGGCCCGACAGGACAGAGCUGACGGCAAAAUACUGGCGUGUGCUCAUCGUUGGAAAAAUGUCUACUACGACUCAGAGCACAUCCUUCCUCACGGGUACUGCUCCAUCAUUCCUUCAGGCCUUCAGGGCAGGACCCGACCCCUCAUCCCUUGUUAUGAAGACUAUAAGCAGAAGUAUGGUGAAGAACACGGCUCUUGCCAAGCAGUAGCAGGAGUCUUUACGGAGGAGCUGGUGGUGAUGGGGGCACCAGGGUCAUACUACUGGACGGGAACACUCAAAGUGUACAACCUGACUUCUGACACCUUCUACAGUCCAAACAAAGAAGAAGUAGACUCCCACAGAUACAGUUACCUUGGCUACGCUGUGACUGCCGGACAUUUCUCCUCUCCUAAUCUAAUAGACAUUGCUGCAGGGGCGCCGCAGCACAGCGGCACUGGAAAAGUUUACAUUUUUAAACUUGAUGGCACGUCCAUGGUGAAGAGUUUUCAAGCCUCAGGGAAAAUGAUGGGCUCUUACUUUGGCUCCUCAUUGUGUGCAGUUGAUCUGAACCAGGACGGCCUGUCAGACCUGCUGGUGGGAGCACCAAUGCACAGCCAGCUUCGAGAUGAGGGCCAGGUGUCUGUGUACAUCAGCAAGGGCAAUGGGGUGAUGGAGGAGGAAGGCAUUUUGAAUGGUAACAAUGCUUACAAUGCACACUUUGGAGAAUGCAUUGCCUCAAUUGGAGACAUAGACGACGAUGGUUAUCAAGAUGUAGCUAUAGGAGCACCAAAAGAGGAGGACUAUGGAGGAGCUGUUUAUAUCUACCAUGGCGAUGCUAGCGGGAUCAUCAGCAAAUACUCCAUGAGACUGUCAGGGCGAAGCAUAAAUCCUGGCCUGCAGAUGUUCGGCCAGUCAAUCUCCGGCAAUGUGGACAUGGAUGGCAAUGGAUACGCAGAUAUCACUGUUGGAGCAUUCAUGGCAGACAGCGUUGUGCUGCUGAGGUCCCGGCCUGUCAUUUCUGUGGAUGUCUCCAUCUUCCUGCCCGUCUCCAUCAACAUCUCGGUGCCGCAGUGCCACGAGGGCCACAACCUCAACUGCUUCAACAUCACCGUCUGCGUGCGCUUCCGCGGGAGACAGCUGCCGGGACAGAUAGAGUUGCUGUAUAACCUGACAGCUGAUGUUGAUAAGAGACAGAAGAGCCAGCCGUCCCGCAUCUAUUUCGCUCAGAGCGGCGCUCAGAUCAGCCUCCUGAGCCAACAGUUAAACCUGGAUAUCAACAGGGAGGAGUGCCAGCGCUACACUGCUUACGUUAAGAAGGAUGUGAAGGACGUGUUUGCGGCCAUUACAUUCGAGGUGGCCUACAGCCUGGGGAAGCACGUGCUAAGUGGACACCACGAUCGAGACCUGCCUGCGCUCUCGCCAGUGCUGCGAUGGAGGAAAGGAAACAAAAUUGCAGUGAGGAAUGAGACGUGGUUUGAGAAGAACUGCUUGUCGGACGACUGCGCUGCAGAUCUGCGGCUCCAUGGGAAAGUCUUGCUUUCUGGUUUGUACAGUAAGCCACACUUAGCCCUUGGAGGGGUGAAGAACAUUUCAUUGAAUCUGACCAUCUCUAAUGCCGGAGAUGAUGCUUACGACACAAACAUCUACUUCAACUUCUCCAGAGAAGCAUUCUACAUCAACUUCUGGCAGAAGGAAGAAAAGGGCAUUUCCUGUGCACUUGUUGAUUUGGACUUCCUCAAAUGCAGCGUGGGAUUUCCUUUCAUGAGAGCUCAGACUAAGUAUCAUUUUGCAGUGAUUUUUGACACCAGUAACUUGUCUGGAGAAAAUGACACACUGCAGUUCCUUGUUCAAGCCAAAAGUGCCAAUCCUGAACACAAACUCGCAGACAACAGUUUGGACCUGUCCAUCCCUCUAGUUCACGAGACUGACACAACGAUUACUGGUGUGGUGACUCCCACCUCUUUUGUGUAUGGAAACUCCAUUGACGCCUCACGUUUUGUCAAGCUGGAAGACAUGGAGUGCAACUUUCAGCCUCUCAACCUCACUUUCCAGGCAAUAAACAAUGGGCCCAGCAGGCUCCCUGGCUCCACUAUCGACAUCAGAAUACCCAACCGCCUGGCUGGCAGCGGAGCUGAUAUGUUCCACGUUAUUGACACACAGGUAUCAGACGGUCGAGGAAACUGCACCCCUCACAGGAACCUGGCACCGUGCACCAUCCCCCAGGACAGAGAGAGCAUCUUCCACUCCAUCUUUGCCUUUUUUUCCAAAUCAGGCCGCAGAGUUUUGGACUGCGACCGACCAGGUCGAGCAUGCAUGACAAUCUCCUGCAGUCUUGGCCCGCAGUUGAAAGAGGAGGCUUUGAGUAUUGAUAUCAAACUUUUACUCAACACUGAAAUUUUAAAAAGGGACAGCUCCUCUGUAAUCCAGUUUGUGACACGAGGCAGCGUGCAAGUAAAUGAACGAGCAGUUGAGGUGCCAAAAGGCCUUCCAGAGGAUAUUUCUCUGGUGUUUGAGGCGCUCCACAGUCAGGAGCCGCGAGGUUACAUCGUGGGCUGGAUCAUCGCCAUCAGUCUGCUGGUGGGAAUCCUCAUCUUUUUGCUGUUAGCUGUUCUACUGUGGAAGAUGGGUUUCUUCCGUCGGCACUACAGAGAGAUCAUCGAGGCCGAAAAGAACAGAAAGGACAGUGAUGAAAGCUGGGACUGGAUGGAAAAGAACCACUGAGAGUGACCACGGGGUCCCAGUGGAGCCAGUGAGAUUAGAAAUUGGGUCAGACAGGAUCCAAUAGCACGGGGUCUCUCAACCCAGCCGCCCCACUGGCACCAGGCCCUUCAGUCUUCCAUAUGUGGAAGAGAAGAAUAUUCUCCAUAUUUUUUUGGAGAUCUGAUAUUUUCUGUG